AUGCCUUUUGAUCUUGAGAAAUUUGUAGGUGCACCCAGGGAGCACCUGAAUACACUACAGGAAGCUAAGAAGGACCAGCUUCGCCAAAUAGCUGUAAGGGCAAGAAUAUCUGUAGGUCAUGCUGUGGUGAAAGCUGAACUAUUGGGAAAGAUCAUAGAUUUCCUGAUAAAUAGUGGUAACAUAACUGAAGAAGAGGCUCUUCCCUUAAGGCCUUUAACACUUGAACGAGGUGCUGCUCGUACAGUUACUACACCUGAAGACCCAGAGAUAGUGAAAUUGAAACUCCAACUUGAACUGCAGCAGCGAACAGUAGAAGCUGCAAAUGCCGCAGCAGCAGCUGAACAAAAAAGGCUUGAAGCUGCAAAUGCCGCAGCAGCAGCUGAACAAAGAAAGGUCGAAGCUGCAAAUGCUGCAGCAGCAGCUGAACAAAGGAAGGUAGAAGCUGAGCAAAGAAGACUUGAACUAGAACGAAAAGAAAGAGUUCUGUUGGAAAAGGAACUAUCAGCCAUAAGAAUAGAAGAAAGAUUGGCAGAAAUACAGCUACCUGAUGCUUUUGAUCUUAGUAAAGCACUCAAACUCCUGCCUGUCUUCGAUGAAAAAGAUCCUGAUGUAUUUUUCAUUACUUUUGAAAACACUGCAACGUCUCUCAACUGGCCUAGAGACCAAUAUGUUCUCUUAAUCAGAAACUCCUUCAAAGGAAAAGCUGCAUAUGUGGCAGCACAACUUGUCCAAGAAAGGGAUUAUGAAGUCUUUAAAACUGCUAUAUUGGAUGCUUAUAGUGUUACAGCAGAAGGGUAUAGACAAAUCUUCAGACAAACUUUAAAGAACCAAGCUCACACGUAUCUCGAGUUUUUCACAUUGAAGUUGAAGCAGUUUAAUAAAUGGAUAGAUAAGGAACAAAUAACUACUUUAGAACAAUUAAAGAAUUUAAUAGGUUUAGAAGAAUUCCUGAGGCGUAUUCCAGCUAAUGUGUCAAUGUUUAUUAGAGAAAAACAAGAAAAAUAUGGAAAAAGGGCUGCCCUAUUAGCUGAUGAUUACCACCUCAUUCAUAAACUUAAACCACACUCGUCCUCUCCUUCAUCUGCCCCCCAGGUUUGUACUUUUUGUAAGAAAGUAGGUCAUCAUAUUAAAGACUGUCCUAGUCCCAAAUGCAAAGCAUCUCAUGGUAAGGCUUCUCCUAAUGCUUUUACACAAGGACCCAAAUCAGGGAAUACUGCAAAUAAAACGACACUUCACUGUGCUCAACCUUUAUCAGGCUUUGCAGCAUUUACAUAUCCUGGUAAAGUAAAUGAUAUCCCAGUGCAAAUUAUGAGAGAUAUGGGGUCUUCUCAAACUAUCAUUAGCUCAAAGUUAAAAGAUUUAGCUAAACCAACAGAUCAGUAUGUAACUGUGUCGGAUUUGACUUGUCAAAAGGUUUUACCUAUUGUACAGAUUUCUCUUGAUUGUCCUUAUUUUAAAGGUUCAACUAAUGUCGCCUUGUUGGAUUCUGACCUGCCUUGCAAGAACAUAGACAUGAUACUUGGUAAUGACUUGGCUCAAACUAACAGUACUCCUAGUCUUAUCAUUACUCAGCCUGAAGUAGUGAUCGAAAAAGCUUGCAAAGAGUUUUCUCCUGUGGUAGAGCUUCCCUGCCAAGUAGUCACCAGGUCUACAACCUCAACUUCUAGAGACACUGAACACACAGGUAAGGUGGAUCAAAGUACCUUAGGUGAAAAAGUCCUUGCUGAUCUUGUUGAUAUUCCCUCAGAUGAAUUUGUAGAGUAUCAAAGGUCUGAUGAUAGUUUGAAAGAAUACUUUGAUAAAGUAAAAGAUGAUGUUGAUGAAAGUAAGUUACCAUAUUUCUAUCUUGAUAAUAACAUCCUUAUGAGACGUUAUAGGCCUUUGAAGAUUGCAGGACAAAAUUCCUGGCAUGAUAGUUACCAGCUAGUAGUUUCUUCUAAUCUUCGUGCAGCCUUAUUGGAUCUUGCUCAUUCAGCAGUCUCUCAUCUAGGCAUUUCUAAAACCUAUAAGCGUUUGCUGGACGAUUACUACUGGCCUGGUAUGAAAGCUGAUGUAAAGCACCACAUAGAAUCUUGCCAUCCCUGCCAGGUAACUGGUAAACCAAAUCAGAAAAUACCUCCAGCACCAUUAGUUCCUAUUACUGUACCUAAUUCUCCUUUUGAAAAGGUAAUUGUAGAUUGUGUUGGUCCACUUCCAAAAACUAAAAAACAAAAUGAGUACAUUUUAACUGUGUUGUGCCCAACUACUAGAUUUCCUUUAGCCAUACCUAUAAAAAACAUAUCUGCUAGAACAAUUAUUGUUAAUCUUCUUAAAAUAUUCACCAUUUUUGGUUUUCCAAAAGAGCUUCAGUGUGAUCAGGGGACAAACUUCACUAGUGAUUUGUUUAAGCAAACUUUAAAGCAGUUAAACAUCUCCCAUAUUUUUGCUUCAGCUUAUCACCCUCAGACUAAUGGAGCCCUCGAACGCGUACAUCAGACCAUUAAAAGCCUCCUGCGCAAGUACAUUUGUGAAACUGGACGGGACUGGGAUGAAGACCUGGAUCUGCUUAUGUAUGUACUUAGGAGUACACCUAAUGAGUCGACUGGAAUUUCUCCCUUCGAGAUGAUGUUCGGCCGUAGACCUAGGACAAACCUUAGUAUGGUAAAAGAAAACAUCCUAAGAGGUACUUACAAAGACCAGCAAGUAGUUCACCUGUUAAGUAGAGAGAUUGAUCACUCCACUCACAACUCAAGGAUAACUACUCCCAUCGAGACUUCUCCUAGCACGAAAAACCUAGUACCCGAGGCAGUUGAUAAUGAUAGACUUUUAGCUCCUCUUGAACCAGACGAAGAAGAAACUUUGGCUCAUAAUCAUAUUUUGUCAUGGAAAGAUGCUAGUAACUCACAGAUUCUUUCUUUACUUUCACAGUAUCUUGGUCAUCUUCCUGAGGUGGAAAGGGAAGAAUUAGAGGCUGUUCUGAAGUCUUAUCCUGCAAUAUGUUCAGACACUCCUGGUUGCUGUACCUUGGUGAAACAUGAUGUUGUGCUAGAACCAAACACCAAUCCCGUUCGUCAACCUUUUUAUCGGGUGUCCCAUCGUUUAUUACCAGCCUUCAAGGCUGAGGUUGAGUAUUUACUAAAACUAGAUUUGGCUGCACCAAGUAAGUCUCCCUGGGCAUCGCCUUGUAUUUUAGUCAAAAAGCCUAACAAUUCCUAUCGUAUGUGUACGGAUUAUAGAAAGGUUAAUUCUGUAACAGUCAAGGAUGCUUAUCCAUUACCUAGAAUUGCAGAUAUUAUUGACUCGGUGAGUAAUUCUAAAUACCUUACCCAGAUUGAUCUCUUGAAGGGUUAUUAUCAAAUUAAAUUAACAGAUAGGGCAAAAGAGAUAUCAGCCUUUAUAACACCUUUUGGUCUCUUUGAAUACAAAGUUUUGCCAUUUGGGAUGACUAAUGCUCCAGCUACAUUCCAAAGGAUGGUCCAUGAAGUUACACAUGGUUUGGAGGGUGUAUAUGUCUAUUUGGAUGACAUCGUAAUUGCUAGUAACUCCUGGGACGAACACCUCAAGAUCUUAAAAGAACUCUUCAAAAGACUCCUGAAAGCACUUCGUUAUUAA